AUGUCCACGUUUAAGAUAACCUUCCAAGGGCAUAAAGAGACCUUGUGAAAGUAUAUAUGGAGGGGAAUCUGAGUUCAUUCACAGUAUUUCGAAACAAACACCGACCACAAUAUAUCUAACCGUUUGGAAAAAAACAAGUCUUGGGCGAGUUUCGGCACUACAUUUUAAAAGUUUAUCAAUAUAAAAACAAGUCUUGUUUUUAAAUGAAUAUCAAUCAGCUGAUCAUAGGCCACCUUUAAAUAUUUGUUAUAAUAUAAAUAUGGUGAAACGUUGUAGGUGCCUACAGUUUUAUGAUAAAACUUGAAGUGGUAUUAAGAGAUCAGUGAAAUCUUGUAACAUGAUCAAUGAUUAUCGAGUUUCCACAAUAAGUGAUAACGUGAUGAAAUAAUAGAUUAGUGAAUGUGUCAACAUUACGAGAAUCAUCCUAUACACUUGAGUUUUUGGAUUAAUUAGCAUUCCUUGCACUUGGCAUUAACAGCUGUGCAGUGAAGACGACACACGAGUGAAUGCGCGUAUUUACGACUCGAGUGAUAAGAUAAUGUGCCAUCAAACAUAGUGAUUCGAGUAUCAUAAAGCCCUUGUUUCGGACUGGCGACACAUCACACAGUGCCACCAAAGAUUCGGUUCGCGAUGGACCGUGCCGCCGUGCCUGAGCUAGAGAAAAUAAGCGUGAAUGACUACGAGAAUGGAAGCGCGAAGGAAAUCCCGAAGCACAAAGCCUACAGUGAUGUGCAAACGACACAUGUACCAUUUCGGAGACAGGCUUUCAUAGCAUUGGGUACCUUCAUGCUGUCCUUUAGUGCAGGAGCGACGGCAGGGUUCUCGGCAGUACUUAUACCGCAGCUGCAAAAUGAAAAAGGACAUCAUAAAUACUCUACUGAAACGGUGUCUUGGGUGGCUGCCACUGCAUCGUUGGCGUUAUUUUUUGGUAACAUGAUAUCAGGAUACCUGAUGGAAAAACUGGGAAGAAGAGCAUCUCAAAUCCUAGUAUCAGUGUUUUACAUAGGAGGAUGGACGAUCAUCGGUUUCGCUGGCAACAUAGAAUUAAUAUUACUGGGCAGAUUUAUUACAGGAUUCUGCCAAGGAUGGCUGGGUCCUUUGGGACCAGUUUUUGUUGGAGAAAUAAGCUCGCCAGCUUACAGAGGUCUGUUUUUGGCUGGUCUCUCCUUAAGUAUAGCGUCUGGUGUAUUUAUGUCACAUCUGUUUGGAACGUACCUUCACUGGAGUCAUUCUUCUCUACUUUGCGGAGUAUUUCCUUUACUCGGAUGUAUCAUAUUAUAUUUUGCACCAGAAUCGCCGGCUUGGUUGGCAUCUAAAAAUGAAAUCGAGAGGUGUGUACAAUCUUUUCAAUGGUACCGAGGCAAUAGUCCAGCGAUGAAUCUUGAACUCGAGAAGAUGAUAGCAGACCAGACCAAAAAGAAGGAAGAGAAGAGCAAAAUUCAAACACUGACAGAUAACAUAAAGAAACCUGAAUUUUGGAAGCCCUUGUGUAUAAUGCUCGUGUUCUUUUUAGUAACACAGUUAUCGGGUAUUAAUGUUAUAUGUGCGUACACUACUGAAAUUAUGGAAGUGCUUAUAGGUCAUAAGAAAAAUACAUAUGCUGCUAUGCUAGCUAUUGAUAUUUUGCGCGUAAUUGCGUUAGUUACUGCGUGUAUUUUAUUAAGGAAAUUAGGACGUCGACCCUUAGCAAUCUUUAGUGGAGUUACCACUACUUUAUCUCUAAUUUCACUGGCAAUGUAUCUAUGUCUUGUUAAAUAUCGUAUUAUAAGACACAUAUCUCCGUUUAUAUCUUUAACUUUAAUGGCAGUUUAUGUAUUUGUGUCUAACUUAGGAAUAUCUCUAUUGCCUUGGAACAUGGUCGGUGAAUUGUUUGCCACUGAAACUAAAGGCUUGGGGUCUGGCAUAAGCGUCAUGAUGACGUCACUUGCCUACUUUGUAACGAUAAAAACAGCACCAGCUAUGUUCCAAGGGUUAGGACAUCACGGUACCUAUUUAUUUUAUGGUCUAUCUACUUUAUUAGGAACAAUAUUUCUAUAUUAUUAUCUUCCUGAAACUAGAAAUAAAACUUUAUUGCAAAUAGCCGAAGAGUUUAGGUAUGGCGAUAAAAGCAAACCCAGAGAGUUAACCAAUUUAACAGCUCCUUGAUUAUAAGAUCAAGUAGGUCACAUUUUGAUAAAGAAUUCUUAUUUCAUUGUUAUGGUAACUCUGAAUAAGUAAUAUAGAUGAUGCCAGAAAUACUAUGAAGAACGAAUUAUUACUCAUAAGAAGUGUGUAAGAAUUAAGAAUAAUAUUUAUAAGUAGCAAAUUAUAUAAAUCCUGCUUUAGCAUGGUAAGGUUGAUUACAUUUUUACGAACAUUUUUAUCAUAGGUGCAAUCGAAUUACAUAGCAUAAAUAAAUCAUAUUUACUUAAUAUUAUAGUAAUCAAAAACCAUAAUAUUGUAGCUGUCAGAUUACUAUCACAAGUGACUACUUAACCUAGAGAGAUAAUAACAUUAUUUAAAAUGUAUUGAGGACAUUGUUAAAAACCUUUUGAGUUAUGUUGAGUAUUAUGAAAUAAUAGUUAAUCUGAUGAAUAAUAAUUUAAAGUGAUAAUGCUUGAUUAGAAGGAGGAUAUUUCCAAGGUGUUUUUAUAAUGUUUAUGUAUUAUCGUAGGUCAAAUGUUUUUAUCUAUUGAUGGUUAUAUCGAUACGAAUGGUGCAUUGAAAUCAUGUAUUUACAGCACAAUAAUUUUAUAUAGUAACAACUGAAUGGUAAUUAUACAAAGAACCACAAUUUUAAGUGGCUGUAAUACGCCAAAACAUCGAUGUAUACAAAGAAGACAAAUCUGCACCAUCCGAUAUGAACUGUCCACCCUCCCACUACUAAUAAAGAAUGAAAAGCACGCAUUACACACCACUCAUUACUACACAAAUGGAUUAGCUUCGUUUCCUGAAGAUGCUUCGGUGUUGGAGUGAAGCACGAUGAGUGUGCUCUAGAAAAUUUGUGUGGUAUUGAGUAUUGCUCCCUUAUGCUCUCUUUUCCUGCUUCUUUAGUAGUGGGAGCGGAGCAUAUCAAAUGCUGCAGGUCGCAUCAUAGAUUUUUCUAUUUUGGCGAAUUACAGCGAGUAGGGACUUGGACUGUUUUAUGAUAAUUAUUCACAAGUGUAAAUUAAAAAUUUGUACCACCCCGGCAAGUGAAGGUUACAGUAACUAGAAAA